GAUUACAGGUAUGAGCCAACAUGCCCGGCCUCUGAUGAGUACUCUUAAAUGCAGGUCUGUGAUAACUUUGAAAAGUAUGCCAAUAAAAUAGGAAAGAACUUCCAACACUCUCUUGAAAAACUAAUGUAUUCAUAAAUAUUGAGCAAAACGGGAAUUGCAUAAACUGAAUAAAAGACUGAAAUAAUCGGUUUAUGACUUUCUGCUUAAAAUGUUGCCCAUCCUUUCUGUUUUGUUUUUCAGAGUGAAGAAAAUUUUUCUUUUGAGCUAUUUACAGUUUUUAUUAGGUUGAUGCAAAAGUAAUUUCGGUUUUACACUGCUGGAAUUUGCUGUUUGAUAUUGCAGUACAUUCUUAAAUAAAUGUGGUUAUGUUAUAGGUCAUUUCAAUGGGCAUUUCUCGCUUUAUGUGUUUUUGCUAAUGACUUACUACUUGCUGUUUAUCUUUAUUUUAGACUAUGGAAAUGACAUUAGACAAAAAGCAAAUUUGAGCGAUUUUCUUAUUCAAGUUCGAAAUGGGUCAUAAAGCAGUGGGGACAACUCGCAACAUCAACAAUGCAUUUGGCCCAGGAACUGCUAAUGAACUGACAGUGCAAUGGUGGUUCAAGAAGUUUUGCAAAGGAGACAAGAGCCUUGAAGAUGAGGAGCACAGUGGCCAGCCAUCAGAAGUUGACAACGACCAGUUGAAAGCAAUCAUCAAAGCUGAUCCUCUUACAACUACACGAGAAGUUGCGAAAGAGCUCAACAUCAACCAUUCUGUGGUCAUUCAGCAUUUGAAGCAAAUUGGAAAGGGCACAGUUGGAGAAACUGGUUAUUUUACCGAGGCUCUGACUGAAAUGGCAUGCUUUCAAAUAUAAACAGACUUCUUUAAGGAAUCAAAGUUGACUUACAGAGCCAAUAAAAGCUCCUUGGGAAAACUGGCCUCAUACCUUGUCUACACAAGCCCUGUAUAGGGUUCUUGACCUGUGGUAAGUAAAGAAUGUCACUUUCUGACAGGCUCAGGAGGUCCAGGUUAUCUUGGGACCCUGAGAGAAGGAAACAAUUUAUCCAACUCACACAGGUAUUUGCAAGCACAAACCCCUGGCUGGGCUCAAACCUUUAAAAAGAAGUCUACUCUAAGAUUCCUUACAGAAGAAACUUCCAUCAAAGCCAACUUAAAAAGAGCCUAUACAGCAAAAAUUAUUCUUGCUGCACUUUAUACAAAUCAUCAGGCCAGGUAUAAUAAAACUAAAGUUUAUUUUGCAAACAAAUCAAGCCUAUCAUGCUUUGUCUUUAGUAAAAAUGGGAGACCGGAGAGAGAAAAAUUAUGUUUCAAUAACUAUAGUACACCCGUUACUAGAAUCUAGUCUUGUCUGUUGUUUUUGAGUUUUUUCCUGCAAUUUAGACUGACCCAGCUUAUUCCUGUGAACCAACCAGUGACCUCCGGAUGCAAGCUCAGAAGAAACAAGAGGGAUAGGUAAUGUAAAAAUCUGGAUCAAUAUUAUAAUUCUAGGCACAUAUUAGAAUCAGCCACUCCAAGUCAGCUUAGUUCCAACAAUUGCCCAGUUCAUGGAAAACCUUCUUAUUUAGUUUACUUGAGAUAAUUUUACUUAUUUUGCUUUACUUUUGUGGAAUAUACUGUCAUUGUGCUCUUUGUGUAAGAAUGCAGAAUAAGUUUACUCAAUAUUUUAUUAAAUUGAACACUUACUAGUCUUCCAAAUAUAACCUUUUGUCAGAACUCAAGAGUUAUGAAUGGCCCUCACCAUACAGAUGCUUUCUGACCAAGCACCUCUCUACUGUGAAUACAAGAGACCCUAACAGUUGGGCGGGAAUAUCAUCACCCCAUUCAGCCUAAAGAAGAGAAGAUGGAUCUUCCUCCCUCUACAACCCUUAGAAUUAAAAUUUCCUUGUAAAAGGGAAGGAGAAAAUAUGUCAGAGGUGUUUGAACCACAGCAACUCCAUCUUGAAUAGGGGCUGGGUAAA